AUGGAUGCCAUGGAAGUUGAGAUUUUAUCAAGAGAAUUUGUAAAACCAUCAAAUCCAACUCCUGAUCAUCUUAGAGAUUAUAAGCUAUGUCUGUUGGAUCAGUUCAUACCUGAAAUGCAUUGUGCACUUACCCUUUUCUACUCUGCUUCCGAUUCCCAAUUCCUUCAAUCUGAUCAAGACGACAACAAAAACUAUUGUCGUAUUCUCAAGAAAUCGUUAUCAGACACCUUAACGGAUUUUUAUCCAAUCGCAGGGCGAUUCAAAGACUCGUCAACUAUCGAUUGCAACGACUGUGGAGCUUGUGUCGUUGAAGCUAGAAUCAACUCCAACCUCUCUGAUUUUCUCACUACUGUUAAUCAGAGUAAAGAUAUUCAAACAAUUUUGGGGAAAUCGAUUCCCAUUUUGGAUUCAGAAACCAUGGAAUUAGCUUCUAAAUGUAUGUUGAUCGCUCAAAUCACUGUAUUCAAUUGCGGUGGAGUUUCAAUCAGCUUCUGCCUCGAGCAUCGAUUCUGCGAUUUCGCUUCCGUCAUGGUUUUUCUCAAGAGCUGGAGCGCCAGAGCCAGAAGCGGCGGCGGCUCCGGAGAAAUUGUGCUCCCCGAUUUCGUCGGAUCUAAGUUUCUUCCACCCCAAAACAUGCCUCCCCUACCACCACCACAUCAAAACGCGAUUCAAAAUCGGAAAAUCACGAGGCUCAUCUUCGAAUCAUCAAAAAUCUCUGCUCUCAAAUCGAAAUAUCUCGCAGAAAGCUCCUCAGAUCAUCAGAACAAGAAAAUCUCCGGCGUCGAAGUUGUUGUAGGUCUAAUCGUGAAAUCGGCGAUCUCCGCUACUCAAUCAACAAAAUCUCUGCUACUCCAAGUGGUGAAGUUACGGAUGAGUGGGACUACGGAGCCGCCAUUGUCGGAGAAUGCGAUGGGGAAUUUCGCAUGGUUGGUUCCGGUGAUGAUAAACAAGGAAGAAGAAAAUCAUGAGUUAAUAACAAGCAAUAUCAAGAGAGAAACGACGUCGUUUAUGGACGAAAAGGUAAAGAGGAAAAUAAAAGGAGACGAAGAAGGGAUUGGAGAGGUUUUUAAGUUGGCGAAAGAGAGAGGUGAGAUUAUGAGGAGUGUUGCUAACGUGGACACUUACUGGUGUUCUACUUGGUGCGGUUCUGGGGUUUAUGGGUUGAAUUUCGGGUGGGGCAACCCGGUUUGGGUGAGCAGUGGAUUCGUUUCGCCUGUUAACUUGAUUAUAAUUGAGGAUACCAAGUGUGGUGAGGGGAUUCAAGCUUGGGUUUCUUUGGACCAAAAUGUUAUGGCAAUAUUUGAACAAGACCAUGAGUUAUUGUCGUUUGCUUCGUUAAAUCCUACUAUUAAUUAA